GAUUCCACUUUCAUCAUGAGAUUUAAGCUGCAUGCUCAUGCCAGCGGAUUAAUCAAGUGUUGCAUGAGUCAACUGUAUUUUUUUCUGUGCUCACAAGACGAAUUGGCCAACAUUUUGUUGAAUUUAAUCUCUUAAAGUUUCAGCUUCAUUUUUAAAAGUUAGAGCAGAAUGGUCCAAAACAGCAAGUCAAAAAAAGCAAAGCAGGCUGAAAAAGUACCUCCAGUUAGUAAUGAUUCUGAACAGUCCCAAACUGUCAAAAAUGCAGCUUCAAAAAAUCAUAUCAAAAAUCAGAGUGAAACAAACUCAGUUCCAAAAGUAGAAUCAGAAAUAAAUGGUGAACAGAAUAAAGUGGCUGAACCUGAAGCUUCUAAUGGUGCUAGGGUUGCCAUUAAAUCUCGGACAAAAAAGGCAGUUGAAUCUGCUGCUGAAACUGAAAGCACUAAAACGACUGUAUCUGAAAGGGAUGAAGAAAAACCAACUGUACCACAAAGUAAAACUAAAGGAAGGCCAAAAAAAGAUAAAAAUAUUGAAAUGGACACAGUUGAAGCAAUAGAAGAUGAACCUUGUGCUUCAGGGGAUGCUCAAACAAAAGAAAAUGAAGAACCCAAAGAAGAUUCUGGAACAUCACGCAAAAGAAAAGCUGCUUCUCCUGCUGUAGAAGGUGAAGAAAAAGAUCAUGAACCAGUUGGUGAAACAGAAUCUGUGGAAACUACAGAACCUGCAAAAAAAUCUCGUAAGAAAGAAGUUACAGCAGAAGACAAGAUAGAUGAAGCUGAAGAAGAUUCCACAGAAACUACUGAACCUACAAAACGAUCUCGCAGAAAAGUAGCAACUGCAAAAGGCAAGUCAGAAGAAGUUAUUGAAAAGACUGAUGAGAUUGAACAACAAUCAGUUGAAACUUCUAAACCGGAGAAAACAUCUCGUAAACGAAAAGUAGCAGAACCAGUCAAGGUAGAAACAAAGUCCAAAAAAAGAGAUGUUAAGAAAGCAGUUCCAGUUACUAAAUCUAAAAAACAAAAGGUGCUAUUGAGCAUUCCAUCUGUUGAGUCAAUAUCUGGCAAAGUAUUUGUUAUCGGGGAAAAUGAUGUUGGACAGCUAGGUUUCGAUGAAGAAGUUGAAGUAAAGAAACGACCAGCCAUGCUUGAAUUGCCAUAUUCUAUCACCAAUAUUGUUGCAGGUGGAAUGCAUUCUGUGUGCUUAACCGAAAGUGGAGAGGUUAUAACAUUUGGCUGCAAUGAUGAAGGAGCUUUAGGUCGAAUAACUUCAAAUGGAGCUGAAGAAGCUACUCCUGGAAAAGUUGAAAUUCCUGAGAGAGUAAUCCAAAUUUCUGCUGGAGAUUCGCAUACAGCUGCUUUAACAGAAUCCGGACAAGUUUAUUUAUGGGGAAAUUUCCGUAGUGGAGAUGGACCCAUGGGUUUGACAGCUGAUGGUGCAAAACAAGUGAAGCCAAUAAAAAUAUUAACUAACAUCAAGAUAGUUAAAAUAUCAUCAGGAACUGAACAUUUAGCUUGUUUGUCCAGUGAAGGCAUUGUUUACACUUGUGGUUGUGGACAGAAUGGACAAUUAGGUAGAUUAACAGAACGAGCGUGCCGUGAUGGCGGACGUAAAGGACUAGCUGCUUUACUUGAACCUGCUGCAGUUCCAGUAACAGGUCACCCUAACUCAAAAACCAGAACAGUUCUCAUUGAAGAUAUUUGGGCUUGUUCUUACUCUACAUUUUUAAAAGCUCAAGAAACUGGUCAUGUAUAUGCUUUUGGAUUGAAUAAUUAUAAUCAAUUAGGUUAUGAAAAUGAACGAGUUACAUAUUCCCCAAAACGAGUUACUUCAUUUGAUAGUAAAACAUGGAAGCAAAUAACUGGAGGUCAACAUCAUACAUUAAGUUUAGAUAGUGAUGGUCUAGUCUAUUCAAUGGGACGUAAAGAUUAUGGAAGGUUAGGUCUUGGUGAAAACUGUGAAGAAAAGUCAUCCCCUACACCUAUUACGUCGUUAGAAAAUGAAAAGUGUAUUAAUAUUUCUUGUGGAAAUUGUGUGUCAUUUGCAAUUACAGAAGAAGGUUCUUUGUAUUCCUGGGGAAUGGGUACCAACCACCAGCUUGGACAUGGCAAUGAUGAUGAUUGCCACAUACCUCGUCUUGUAGAAGGAAAUUUCAUAAAUUCCUGGAAAGCUCUAAAAGUAUCAGGUGGUGGACAGCACACCCUUAUAUUAGCAAUUCCAAAAGAAAGUGUCAAAAGUGACAACAAGAAAUAGCACUAUUUUGCCAGAUUAUUUUCAGCUCUUAAAUAUUUUUUUAAACUGCAAACUUGUACAAAAUAUGUGGACUAAACUUCAACCAUGUAAUUAUCUUCAUCUUUAUCAUGCAUAUAAUUCAAGUUGCCAUUCACAGUUUUCAUCCAAAACUGUGGCAAAUAUUUUAAUAUUUAUGUGUAAAGUUCAACCUGAAAUUUUAUUCUCUAAAAUUGAUUUUUGUUUAUUGAAAUCACACUGUUCUUCUGUUUAGAAGAUUCUGGAAAAAACAUAAAAUAUUUUUUAUAUUA